AAGAGUAUGAAGAAAAUGAAGGGGAAGAUGAGUAUAAUGAUGAGAAUGAAGAAAAUGCAAAAGUGGAAAAUAGAGAAGAGGGUGAAAAUGAUGAUAAUGAUAAUGAGAAUAAUGAAUACGAAGAGGAUGAAGAUAGAGAUGAUGAUGAAAAUAAUAAUAGUAAUAAUAGAAAUAAUGAGAACAAAAGCAAAGAUGAGAAUAGAGAAUAUGAAAAUGAUGUUAGUGAUAGUGAAAAUAAAAAUGAAAACAAAGAUGUAAAUAGAAAAGAUA